AUUUGCUUCAUCUGUGUGCAUAUUUCAGAAAAAUAUUGAAAAAUGUCAUCAUCAGAUGAAGAAGAAAUACCAGAUCUUGUUCCUGCUGGUGUCAAAGUUCCAAUUACUAUAAUCACAGGAUUUCUAGGUGCUGGGAAAACAACUUUAUUAAAUUAUGUGCUAUCAGAGCAACAUGGGAAGAGAAUUGCUGUCAUCAUGAACGAGUUUGGGGAUGGUGAUUCUAUAGAGAAGUCAAUGUCUGUAGGAACAGAUGGGGAGAGAUAUGAAGAAUGGCUAGAACUCAGGAAUGGUUGUCUUUGUUGCUCUGUUAAGGAUAAUGGGGUGAAGGCCAUUGAGAAUCUGAUGACAAAGAAAGGAAAGUUUGAUUAUAUUCUGUUAGAAACAACUGGCCUGGCAGAUCCUGGUCCAAUAGCUUCUAUAUUCUGGCUAGAUGAGGAGUUAUGCAGUGAUAUAUUCCUAGAUGGUAUUAUAACUAUGAUUGAUGCUAAAUAUGCACCAAAGUACCUGGCAGAGAAGAAAGAGGAUGGUUCGGUCAAUGAAUUUACAAGACAGGUGGCGCUAGCUGAUGUGCUCAUAGUAAAUAAAACUGAUCUCAUCACAGCUGAAGAACUAGUCAAUCUAAAAGACAGAAUUAGAUCUAUUAACAAAUUUGCAAGGUUUUUGGAAACUUCACAUGCAAAGACAAAUCUUGAUGACAUUUUAGAUCUGAAUGCAUAUGGUGACCUUACAACAGACAGUUUGGAAAGUACAUUUAUAGACAGGGGUUAUAGAAUAACUGACACACAUAUGAUAGAUAAGUCAGUGACCACUCUUACAUUGGAGCAAGAAGGUAACGUAGAUAAAGACAAACUAGAUAGAUUCCUUCAAACAUUACUCUGGGAAAAAUCAGUGCUUAACACACACGGUGAAGCCAUGGAAUUAUACAGAAUAAAGGGGGUAUUAUCAGUGGUGAAUACUGAACAAAGAUGUGUUGUGCAAGCCGUCCAUGAAUUGUAUGAUUCCCACCCAACUACCUCUUGGCAACCUGAUGAAAAAAGAAUUAAUAUAUUGGUAUUUAUAGGAAGAAAUUUGGACAGAGAAGUCUUAGAGAAGGAGUUUAUACAAUGUGUGUGCAAUAACACAUGAAACGACAUGUGCACAACUUUCUUUUAAAAUUAUUUAUAACUGUUUAAUUGUCCUUUGUCAUUAUCAAUAAAUGAGUGUAAAUACAGA